AUGACGAGUUACCUGCAGUUCAUCUCGGACAACUUUGGACACAACAUUUCCCAAGACAUGAAAACUUAUAUGCGAGAACAAAGGAAGUACGCCAGAGCGACCUCAAGAAAACAGUUCCUGCUGAAAUGUAGGUCAUCUGGGAUCACUCCUUCACAUAUAAUUAACAACGUGAAAUGUCUCUAUCAAACAAUAUCUAAGGAAUCACCAUACAACAAAGACAUAGACAAUAUGAUCAAAUCAUUCCAACAUCGGAUUCUCAGCAUGGAAAUCAAAGUUACUUACUGGGAAGUCAACAGGACACACAAAAAGCUCACUGAGCUCCUACAUAAGUUGAGAUCCACGGGAAUUCCAUCAAUGUCGAGCUUCCUCACUGUUCAAGAACAAGUCUUUUGGCGGGAAUUCCAGAGAAGCACCAGCGUUCAUUCACACAAAUACAACGCUCUAUUCACAAAACAACUUGGGAAUGUGAUAAACAUGCCUGCCUCAGAUUGGGUAGUGAAUACAACAAAUGUUUCAUUACCACAAGAAUUGAAAUUACUGAUGGGCCUCAGUCCAAGGUUCUCUCUGCCAUACAAAAAUCUCCCGCCAAAAAUUGUUCUUCAUCUAUUGGCCGAGAUAGAGGAUGUGAUUCGGGCCAUGAGUGAUGAUGAUACUACCACACACAAAAACACAAUACGAUCCAGAGUAGCACACAUCAUCAAUAGCCAUCUCACUCAUCACAGAACAAAUGCACGAGAGAAGUACUUCCUCAACUUGGAGACCGUCACCAGAAGAUUCAUCCGAGAACACAGUGAAAUCAUCAUCGUAUCGUCCGACAAAGGCAACAAAACCGUAGUCAUGUGGAGGGACGAAUAUGAAGAAAAGAUGACCAACAUUGUAUCGGAUGAAACCACCUACAAAAAGACCACAGCAAACCAACUCAAUAUUGCAGAGCGUAAAAACAACACUUUAGUAAAAAGACUUUACGAAGGUGGUCACAUUGACUUCAUUACGAAAAGAGAAUUGACGACACACAAUUCAAGAACCCCUAGAAUAUAUGGACUGCCUAAAAUACACAAGACAAAUACUCCACUUAGGCCCAUUGUGUCUUGCAUAAAAUCACCAACUUAUGCAUUGUCGAAAUUUCUCAAUCAACUACUGAAGCCAAUCUCAAAUGUAGGUGGAUACAACGUGAAGGAUUCCUUCGAGUUCGUGGAAAGGGUGACAAGCUGCGAAGUUCCAGAAGGACACAUCAUGAUCAGCCUGGAUGUGGUGUCUCUAUUCCCAAAUAUACCACGUGAUUUGGCUCUGCAGAUUGUGGAAGAAUGCUGGGAUGCAGGAAGGAUCACCACAACCAUUGAUAAAAAACUAUUUCUCGAGAUCCUGAAAUUUUGCCUGGAGACCAGUUUUUUCACGUUCGGUGACCAGCAUUAUUCACAGAUGGAUGGGAUGCCGAUGGGAGGACCGCUGUCUCCAAUUAUCGCGGAUAUAGUGAUGGAUUACGCGAUAAGCAAAAUAUUGGAAAACAUCCCCAAUAGAGUGAUAUGUCUAACAAAAUAUGUCGACGACAUUUUUUGCUUAGUGCCGCGUGACAAAGUUACAGACAUUCUCUCAACAUUCAAUGGAUUCCAUCCAAAGCUCCAAUUCACUGUGGAAAUGGAAAAAGAAGGGGGACUUCCCUAUCUGGAUACGUUCGUCAUCAGAAAACCCACAAAUCUCGUGACAAUGUGGUACAAAAAGCCCAUCGCCUCAGACAGAAUGUUGAAUUUCCAUUCACAACAUCCUCUGAGACAGAAAACAUCGUCUUCUCGAAGCUCAGAGUGA